UACUUCACUUUUCUCACAACUUUCACUUCACAUUUAUAUCACCUCAAUACCUUCAUUCUUCUUCAUAUUCAAGAAAAUUACUUACAUAUAAAUAUAUAUACAUAUAUAUAAUAUGGUGAAAGUUCAUGAACUGGUGGAUGAUGAAAAAUUAGAAAAGAGGGCCAAGUUCUGCAUCAAUGACAACAUGGAUGUGUUGAUUGAAAUCCUCAAGCGGCUAGACGACCGCUCCCUCGGCGUCGCCGCCUGCGUCUGCCGCCUCUGGUGCGCCCUGACUCGGAACGACGCCCUGUGGGAGCACCUCUGCUUCCGCCACCUUUCGCCCCCGCCGGAAGGGGUGAGGACGGUGGUGGUGGCUCUGGGAGGGUACCGGAGGCUGUACACCGUGUGCGUGAAGCCGGUGCUGAGUCGGCUGGGCAAAAUGAGAGUGGACGGCGGCGCAGCCACGGAGUUGGAGAGGCGGGUUUGGACUCGGCAUGAGGUGGAGCUUUCGCUGUCGUUGUUCUGUGUGGAUUAUUACGAAAGGGUGUUGCUCGGCGGCGGCGGCGGCAGUGGAGGCGGCGGCGGGAGAUUCGGCAGUGAGUCGGGUUCGCCUCCGUCGUCGCUCAUGUUCCUAUGCAAAGCUGUGAACGUCUGAUAUGGAAAUAGGUUGAUAUAGUAACUAUUUUUUAUUUGUUUGUUUUUGUUUUCUUGGUCAAAUUGACUAUUUAUCUACCGAUUUUUCAAUGUCAUUUAUUCAUAAAAUAUAACAUAUAAAUUCAGUUAUACGG